AUGGGUGAGGUCCAUAGCAGCCGUAAAGAGGUGCUUGUAGUGGCUACAUGUUCACAUCAUUCCACAAUGACAGGGGCUGAGAUUAACCAUAGCAUUAGGGUUAAAUUACGUCAAAAAAAAGGUUCAGGCAGGUCACGCAAAGACCGGCAUGUGUCGUGUGUUGACCUUGGUCCAGGACAAUAUGAAGGUUGGCUUGAGAAGAAGACUGACACACGGUUUGGUACAAAAUGGAGUCGGGUUUGGUGUGUGCUAAAAGACUUUGUCUUCUAUUACUACAAGAGUAAGAAGGAUUUGAAAGCCAAAGGUAUGAUAUGUUUAGUUGGCUAUGAAGUGACUAGUGAGGAAGGCAAGAAACCAAAGUAUGUAUUCAUUUGUUCUUUUAACUUUUACCCUCCAUCAUCCCACCCACACCCUAUACGAUCAUAAACUCUGCUUUUCCCCACGCCAAUGAACUGUUCCCACACACUCAAUCUGCAUAAACUUUUGCUCUCCUAACAUUAUCAAGUACUAUCCUAAGUUUCAUGCUUUGAUCACUGUUUUGCAACCUUCAUCCUUUAUCAACUUUUUAAUUCUUUAAUUCACCUCAGUUUGUACCCUCCUUCAUUUUCUGUUCCUGACCUUUCACUAUCCUAACCCAUGAA